UUUCACGCUUUGUAAUGUUUCCGAGGUAGCGAAACUGAGAAAGUUUKAGAAAAUUUUUUAUAAAAAUUUUGCUUCAACGAAAAAUCCCAUUAUUUACAGAAAGAKCAAUCUCAAAGGACCUUUAAUCUCAAUAAUGAUGAUGACGUCGUGUUGCUAUAGUAUUUAACAAGGCCACAGGAUGAAUAUGACGAUUUUAGGACAUGUAGGAACAUUUUAAAUUAUGAAAUAAUAUUUAUAUAUAUUUUUAAUUGUCUGUACAUAGAAAUAAAGCAUUUUAAAUUUCAUGAUUAUUAUGUUGUCCUGUAAAGGUUAGCCGCGCGCCAAAAAAAUGUGCGAUUGAUACUGAUGAACAAACAUUAGUAUUCAGUUGUCGUUCAGCGUGCAUCUUUGYGUCUUUAUUGUGAUUACUUUUUUUCGUGAUAUCACUUAUAAUAGGAAUCCGUUUUCAUUAUAAGAUCAUCUAAGUUCGGGCCUACAAAAAAGACGGAAAAAAGAAAAUAAUUAAUCGAAAAAAUAUCAUAAAGAAAGGAAACURAGUUGAAUGGAUAGAUGUCCAGGGAACACAAAGAAACUGUUGUCUCAGUAUAUUUGAUCUUCGUGUUACUGAUCGAAAUAUUUUGAUACAAAACAUUACUUCUAUGGUUUUCGUGCACUUUUGCACGUACUUGAGAGUUGUCUAACAAAAAUCUUAUGAAUUAUAAACCAGUUACAUYGAAUGAAUUCCCUCGGGUACCCGCWAAGGCUUGUGUAUUGAGGUGAUUUUGUUAAUCGACUUGAAAGACAAUAUUAUGACUUCAAAAAGGUAAAAUAUAGCACAACCUUUGAAAACCUCUUUCUAGCAUUUUUUUCUAGCCCGAGUAAUCCGAUACGGCCUGUAGUCUACGCGCACGCGUACUUUGCAUAUAGUGAGAAGGCCAUCUUUGUAUUCGCGUCAGACGGCCAGAUAUUAUUGCAAGGUUAUACUUAUGGCGACUGUUGUAAAGUAAUGCCGUCUAUUGGAUGGUUCUUUCAUCUUGAGAUUAACAAACACUAGUCCAAAGCCUUGGAAAUACUUGCAAGGGAACUGGAGUCAUGGAAGCUUUAAACGUUGUUGUUAUUGUUUUGGUGAUUUUGAAUAUUUCACAUCGUGUCACGUUUGCUGAAAUUUUUUCAGCUUUUUCGCAUACGGAGCGAUUGUUGAGUAUAGAACUUGAAUUGGCUGAUACAUUGGAAGAAUAUGUUCAAGCUGAGGAAAAUAGACUUCAAAAACUGAAGGAUUUCUCGCGUCAAGUUCAGCGAACAGUGAAGCUUGCCAAAAGUAGUGGCUCAAAGUUUCUCGAACAUCCCGUCAACUCUUACUUGAUGAUUAAAAGAUUUGUGUCACAGUGGCCGGGAAUAGAAGAACUUAUUUCAAACGAGAAUACAGCAGAAGGUCUUUUGCUUGAUAGAUUUCAAAUGUACAAACAGAGAUUUCCAGAAUGGACUGAUCUGAAUGGAGCUGUGGCAGCAAUCAAGAGGCUWAAAGAGGUAUAYGCUCUUCARCCSGAAGAUUUCUCUGAAGGUCGUUUUGGUUACAAGGUCUCUUUAUCUAAAUACAUGCUUGGRCCUAUGGAUACUUACUUCAUUGGAAGAAAAAGUUAUCAAGACAAUGAUUUCSAAUCAACAAGAGAUUGGAUGCUGGAGACUUUGAGAUUAAUGGAUUUAGGUGUACAUAAUGAUACUGAUUAUCCUGACAGGAAAGAUGUUUUAGACCAUUUGGCUUUUUCCGAGUAUAAGACUGAUGAUAUGGAGGAUGCUAUCCAACAUGAGAUUGAAGUGUAUAAGUUAGAUCCUACUAACAACCGUGUAAGAAAUAAUCUUCUUUUAUUUGGUGAAUUGUUGGAGCAAAACCAAGAAAAAUACAAGAAAAGAAAAGAGCAAAAAAAAUGGAAAAAAGCUCCCACCUACAGUUACUUGGCAACCAAAAUUCCUCAAGAUAUUUUGGAAAACUUCAAUUGGAAUGUUGAAAGAGACAUUUACAAAAGACUCUGYCGUGGGGAAAAAUUACCCAAGGCCCCUCAAGAUCACAAGAGAUUGGUGUGCUGGUAUUACACAGGGACUCCACUGUGUAUCAUCAAGAGAUGUGCCAUAGAAAGAGUCUUUACCAACCCUGAUAUCAUGAUACUGAAAAAGAUUAUCACUGACAGUGAAAUACAAGAAGUCAGGAAAAUUUCUGAACCCUUGUUAAACAGAGCAACGGUUCACAAUCCACUUACUGGACAUCUUGAAACAGCAUCUUAUAGAGUCAGUAAAAACUGCUGGUUGUCUGGGAAAGAACAUGGAAAAGUGAUUGAAAGAAUAGAAAACAGAAUUGCUGCAAUGACAAGGCUAGACCUUGCAACAGCAGAAGGAUUUCAGGUUCAAAACUAUGGUCUUGCUGGACAGUAUGACCCACACUUUGAUUUUUCAAGAAAUUUAAGUAACUCAUCUCUUGGUCAACUUGGAACAGGMAACAGACUUGCAACUGUACUAGUAUAUAUGUCACAAGUUGAUGCAGGAGGUGCCACAGUGUUUCCCUAUAUUGGUGCACGGGUUCUCCCACAAAAGGGGGAUGCCGUAUUUUGGCAUAAUUUACGAAGAUCUGGAUUAGGUGAUUUUCGCACACGACAUGCUGGKUGCCCGGUAUUGUCUGGUAUUAAAUGGGUGGCGAACAAAUGGAUUCAUGAAUAUGGCAAUGAGUUUAAGCGUCCUUGUUCGUUACAACCAGAUGAAUGACUUGUCCACACGGAAGAAAAAUACUGAAAGAUUUAUAUAUUAUAUUUUUAAAAAGAAGUACUAUAGAUUUUAUAUAUUUUAAACAAUAAAAAGCUUUGAAACGCU